AUGCAAACUGCUCCCAAUAUCCCAAAGGACGGUAUUCCUGAAAACGUAAUUGGGGUUACUUCAGUGUUGAGCAACACAGAUUUGGAAAUUGUUUGGGGAAACCAUGAGUUAGAAAAGGACAUUGAACCAACUUCGCGUUGGAAGCGAAUUUUAAAGACUUUAGAGGUAUCACAUGGUACCAAGCCGAUCUCUGUUCUUAGAAAUCCGGACCUGGAACCGGUGUCAACGAAGGAGCGCACUUGGGGCUUUUUUUCCUUCUUCGCCUACUGGGGUCUCCCAAACUUUGCUGUGGCAACAUACUCUACUGGCUCUGCUUUGUUGGCCUUAAACUUGAAUAUUCAACAGUCAAUAGGAGCUUUGGUCAUUGCCAAUGUCUUAAUAGCUACCGUCACUGUGUUGAACUCUAAUCCAGGAAUCAGAUUUCACAUUGGUUACACUCUAACCCAGCGUAUGAUAUUUGGCAUUUAUGGCUCAUUCGUUGGUAUUAUGUUUCGUGUUGGUCUUUCUGUGGUUAUAUAUGGCUACCAGUCGUGGCUUGGUGGUCUAUGUGUCAAUAUGAUUUUUGAUUCAUUUUCUGGGAAUUACCUGAAUAUGACAAACACUUUCCCAGAAUCUGUACCAAUGGCUAAAAAAGAUCUUAUCGGGUUUCUGUGUUUCCAAUUGAUUCAGAUGCCAUUUGCAUUUGUGAGGCCCAGUCGCGUAAACACGCCCUCUAUCGCAGCCUGCUUUAUGACGAUGUUCUCCAUUAUUGGGAUGCUCGCCUACCUAGUCCAAGCUAAUGGAGGCCCCGGUCCUUUAUACUAUCAAAAGGUUGAUUUAUCGUCAGAUCAAAGAUCAUGGAUGUGGUUAUUUGCCAUCACGAUCUGGUAUAGUGGUGUGGCGCCGGCCGUUGCUAACCAAUCAGAUUACUCGCGUUUUGCCUCUGGAGAGACGUCGUGUUACUUGGGUUUGUUUCUUGGAACAGUUUUACCAGGAACAUUUGUGUCUCUUGCUGGAAUGCUGUGUGCAUCAGCAUGCAAAGAGUUGUAUGGCACCGCCUUUUGGACCCCCACCGAAAUAGUGGAGCAGUGGCUGACGACAGACUACUCCUCAAAAGCACGAGCUGCGGCCUUCUUUAUUGGUAUUAGUUUUACAGCUUCUCAAAUGUUCCUAAACUUGACUCAGAACGGAUAUGCUUGCGGAAUGGACUUGGCUGGUAUAUUCCCUCGUUUCGUUGAUAUUACUCGGGGCACUCUAUUUGUGCAACUAAUUUCGUGGGUGGUUCAGCCAUGGAAAUUCUUCAAUACAUCUUCCUCAUUUUUAACUGCAAUGGGAUCUUUUGGAAUGUUUGUAACACCUAUUGUGACUUUGAAUAUCAUUGAGUUCUAUUGGAUUCGUAGGGGCAAAAUUACACUUAUAGACUUCUUUACGUUAUCCAAAAAAGGUGCCUAUUGGUAUACUUUGGGAAUUAAUUGGAGAUCAAUGGUUUGUCUCGUCAUCGGAGUAGCUUUGGGAAUUCCUGGUCUCAUUUAUCAAUGUUAUCCGGAACUCGAAGCCAAUGCGGCUAUGGUAAAUUAUUACUUUGGAUACAUGUUUUUCAUUCCAAUCGUGACGGGUGUUCCUUACCUUGUUCUUACCUACCUCUUCCCUGUGCACCAUGAGAAAUUACAAAUGGUUGAUCCGGUCGACUUUUACAAUUGUUUUUCUGAUAAAGAACUAGCAAACUUAGGAAUGCAACCUGGAAACAACAGUAGUGAAGAUCUCUACGAAUACUUGGAUGCAAAGCUACCUGAUUCUCUCGCUGAUGUGCCAGAGAUUGUACAGGAGAAGAAAGCUGUCUCAGGGGCCUAA